CACUACCGCCGGAAGUAAGGAGGUUGGAUUCGGAAGCGUGUUUGUUUUAGCGGGAAGUGCUGCUAAAUUAAAGAACUAAGUGAUCAACAAAGUGCAUUUCUUGUGAAAUACUGCACAUGUAUCAUUUUUAAAACGUUUUACUUAUAAAAAGGUAAACAACGAUUUGCGCGAUGGGUGUGCACGAUCUGUGGUCCAUUCUGGGGCCGGUUCGGGAGUCGGUGCCGUUGUACAGCCUCACCGGAAAGACCCUGGCCGUGGACCUUAGCCUGUGGGUCUGCGAGGCCCAGCACGUCCAAGCAAUGAUGGGGAAAGUCACCAAACCUCACCUCCGGAAUCUGUUUUUUAGAGUUUCCUCUCUCACACUGAUGGGGGUAAAGCUAGUUUUUGUCAUGGAGGGAGAGGCCCCCAAACUCAAAGCAGAGACCAUGAGCAAGAGGACAGACAUGAGAUUUGGGGGGUUCAACAAGUCAGCCCCUAAAAAACAAACUACAAAGACCACCAACAGGGGUCGCUUCAAUGCUGUGCUGAGAGAGUGUGCAGAGAUGCUGGACUGUCUGGGUGUCCCCUGGGUGACAGCGGCAGGGGAGGCCGAGGCCAUGUGUGCCUUUCUGGAUGCCCAGGGCCUGGUGGACGGCUGCAUCACCAACGAUGGGGACGCUUUUCUCUACGGAGCGCAGACCGUCUACAGAAACUUCAACAUGAACACCAAGGAUCCACAGGUGGAUUGUUACAGGACUUCUAGGGUGGAGACAGAGCUGCAGCUAGCCAGGGAGACACUCGUGGGUCUGGCCAUCCUUCUGGGCUGUGAUUAUAUUCCUAAGGGUAUACCAGGAGUUGGGAAAGAGCAAGCUCUAAAACUCAUACAGACAUUGAAAGGACAAACACUUUUACAAAGAUUCAGCCAGUGGAGGGAGGAGGGCGUGGUUGCGCCAGAGUGGGUCCUAAAGAAGGUCCCUCACUGCCAUUUGUGUCGCUAUCCUGGGUCAGCCAAGGCUCACGAGCGCAGUGGCUGUGUGUUGUGUGACAGCAAGCACUUCUGUGAGCCUCAAGACUAUGACUACCAGUGUCCUUGUCACUGGCACUGCUGUGAGCAGACACGACAGGCCUCUUCAACAGAUGCCAGCAUCAGGAAGAAAACACUGGCAAGUGAUAAAUUCCCUUUUACAGAGAUCAUAAAUGAAUUUCUGGUAGACAAAGACAAGCCUGUCCACAAUUUCAAAUGGAGGAAACCGAACAUGCUAUUAAUGCAGAACUUUGCGUACAAUAAGUUGGAGUGGCCUAAACACUAUACCAGUAAGAAGGUUCUGGUCCUGAUGACGUACACUGAGCUGAUGAACAGAAAACAUGGAAGAGCGACGUUGUCUCUGAUAAAACCUCUACGUAUAUGGAAGCCAAGAGUAAGGAAUGCAAUCGCCAGCUUUGAAAUCAUCUGGAGUAAGCCAGAUCACUAUGUGUUUUCUGAGGACCACCCUGAGGACAGCCAGGACGAGGUGAGGACGGUGGAGGAAGAGGCUCUGUUCCGCCUAGCCUACCCACAUGUGGUGGAGCUGUACCUCAGGGAGAAGGCUGAGAACAAGACCAAGAAGAAGAAACCAAAGGGUAAGAAAGACAAGCCUUCGGAUCACUGUGAUGUUUCUGACCUCCUGGCCAAGAUGUCUUUGCACAGUUCCACUGCUGACAACAACACCCAACACCCCUCUGCCGUGGCAGCAGCACUGACCAUUACAACAAGUAACAACUCAGUGUUGGUCCUGGAGGGUCCAGAGUCAGAGUCUCCAAAAAAGCAUCUGGAUUCUGGUAAAGACCAUCCCCGCUUAGAAGUACGUCUUGGAGCUCAGAUACAGGAAGUGAUGUCACCUCCGUCUUUCACUUCCUCUGGGAAGAUUCCAGAAGCAGCGGCCUCCUCUCCGUCUGUUUCCGUGGUGAUGGAUGCUCUUCACCUGAGUGACAUCGACUGGGAGUCUCAGUCAUUCACGUCCUCCCCGCCCCCGCAGGCUGCUGGCGCUCGCACUGCCACUGACCCCAAGUCACUCCAAACCACAAAUGAUAGUGUUGAAGAAAGGAUCACACAACUGGGCCCCUCUACUGAUCUCAGAGCAGCAGAGGCCGUACCAGGGCCAUGUUAUGCAGAGUGUUCGCUGAGGGACAGGGUCCUAAUGAGAAACGCAUGCAAGUCUGUGAACAUGGCGGACAAUGAUGACAUCACCAUCAUACACGUAAACUCCCAGUCAGCAGCACCCCCUGAUUUAAUUGAUUCUAACAACAGUGGCCCCAAGCCAAUGGCACUGAUACCCAUUAAAAGCAGCAAUGAUUCCAAGCCAUCACAACAGCUGCUGGUGUGUGGCAAGAAAGCCACACUUGUUGAUAAGGACCAGAGCAUUGCAUUGCUCCAUAAGCCUCAACCUGCUCAUCACAUCUCAAAACCUAUCUCAUUGAACGCAACACAAACAGGCCCAGUCACAGCAAAACAAACAGGCCCAGUCACAGCAACACAAACACAAGGGGCUAAACAACAUGGUGCCGGUGAACCAAAGCCUCCACAGAAGUACAGAUUCGUAAAGAAGGCCAUAUCAUCUUCUUCCGCUCUGCCACAAAGGAGCCAUUCUGAACCUAGCGACACACAGCCUGGUCGGGAUGACAGGCACAUGAAGUCACAUCAAGAAACUAAGAAGAGUGUGUGUGCCAGAGCGUGUUCAUCGAGUGAGGACAGUGACACAGAGAACCAGUGUCGGGGAGGAGGGCAGAGCAGGGCCAAAGUCAAACCCAAAAGCAGGCACAGGUGCCAAUACCUCACAGACUAUUCACUGAAACCCACCUCCAAACCCCGCACCUCUACAAAGGCAGCCUGGGACACAGUUACAGCCCAGCCCCUCAGGCCUAGAACUGUGUCUGCCAGUAUGGGUGAACAACCAAUACGAGGCAGCUCUGUGUCUACCAUAGGGAAGUGCCAGGAUGUUCAUCCAAUUAGAGUUGAUGAUGACAUUGUGUUCAUUCCAAGCCCCGUUUCCCCAGUGAUUAUGUCUGAUGGUGAUGACUCAGUGAUUUGUAGCAAGAGCCCACUGCCAUUGGCAGAGAGGGUGAAGCUGAAGUUCCUGAAAUGAGUGAUGUGAUAUACCAGAGGUGUUAGGACAGAAAAAAAGAAAUACUAUUUCCUAAUAUUAUUUAAUAGUAUGCUAUCAAAACUUUAUCUAGUUUGUUCAGUAAGUGUAUUUUUAACCUUUGAUAUUGGCCUUUCCUUUUGUCUUCUAUGUACACAAUUGUAGUUUUCUGCUGCUAUAUCUUUAAUGGACUUACAGUAGGAGAUGGAGAAAUAUUUUACUCAUGCAGUUAGGGAGAGGGCAUUUAAAUUUUUAUAAAACCCUAUACUUUUCAA